AUGCCCGUUCCACGAUCAAGAAAACGUGAUACAACCCUAUACGAUUUACUUGAAGUGUCACCAGAUGCGACCGAUGCUCAAAUUGCCAAAGCGUAUAAAAUUGCAGCAAUGAAAUAUCAUCCUGAUCGAAAUCCUGAGGCACCCCCUGAAAAAUUCAAAGAAAUCUCUGCUGCUUAUGAUGUUUUGAAAGACGAACAUAAAAGAGAAGUUUAUGAUCAAUAUGGACUCGAAGGUUUAAAAGAAGGCAUGGGCGCCGGAGGAACUGGAGCAACAAGUUUAUUUGAUUUAUUUAUGGGUGGGCCAAGUCGACACCAACGUCAACACGGUCCACCAAAAGGAGAAUCGAAAGUGAUUCCAUUAAAAGUUACAUUGGAAACGUUGUAUAAUGGUGAAACAAAAUCAGUCCCAUUUACACGUCGUGUCACCUGUCAACAAUGUAACGGGUCUGGUUGUAAGGCAGGUAAGAAACGGGUACACUGUCGCGCCUGUCAUGGUCAAGGUGUUUGUAUGGGAAUGACACGUAUGGGCCCAUUGACAUUUCAACAGCCAGUGCAAUGUCGAGAAUGUGAUGGAGAAGGGGAAGUCAUCGCACAUAAAGAUAAGUGUUCGAUGUGUCAAGGAAAUAAAAUCGCUGAAGAAAAUAAAGUUCUCGAUGUUGUAAUCUUACCCGGAUGUUCGAACGGCAAGAAAAUCAAAUUUCGCGGAGAAAAUGAUCAAUUACCAGGCAUUGAACCAGGUGAUGUGUUUUUCUUAAUUCAACAAGAGAAACAUGCGGUCUUCGAACGUGUUCAUGAAAAUGAUCUUUUAAUUAAAAUGAAAAUUAAUUUGAAUGAAUCGUUAACGGGCUUUAAACGAACUAUUCAACAUCUCGAUGGACGACACGUGCUCAUUCAACACCCGCCAAAUCAACCAAUCGCGCCACAUUCAAUGAAAAAAAUUACAAAUCAAGGUAUGAUUAACAUGGAAACACAUCAUACAGGUGAUCUAAUUAUUCAAUUCGAUGUGGAAUUUCCACCAAUGAAUUUCUUCACUGAUCCAAAUAUUCUUCAACUGUUGGAAAGUAUUUUACCAGCGAAAUCAGUAUUAGAAGUUCCAUCGGGUGUUAAUAUCGAUGAUUCAUCGUCAUCCAUGAUCGAUUACAAGAAAGAGACUCAUUCGAAUAAACAUCGUUCACCACAAAAACCCGGUGACGACAGUAAUGAAGACAUCGACGGCGAUGAUGAUGCACAAUAUACUGAUGAUGACGAUGACGACGACGAUGAUGAACAUGACGGUCACCCUCAAGUUCAUUCUUGUGCAACACAUUAG